AUGCUUAUGCAAGUUGAUUGGAUGCUAAGUAAUGGCAGCAAUCAAAAGUAUUAUAAUAAUCAUGGUAAAGUUUCACUCUCAGUCAAAGCUGAUUGUUUGAAACUUGAGUUAAAUUCAUUUGGUGAAACUCAUCAAGUGUUCAAAGGUUUAAAAUUAAAUGUUCCAAGUGGCACAAUAUUUGGUCUAAUUGGUCCGUCCGGGUGCGGCAAGACGACCUUUUUUCGGACAAUCUUGGGUCGAUACAAAGUUCUAUCAGGAAAUCUUCAAGUUCUUGGCGUCAAUCUUAGUGCUAAAUGCACUAAAUUUGCACAACUCGGUUCGCAAAUCGGUUAUAUGCCUCAGGAUAUUGCCUUAGAUCAAGAUCUUACCGUUACAGAGACGCUUUACUUUUAUGGUUGUCUCAAUAAUCUUACAUCAAAUGUUAUAUCAGAUCGAUCGAAUCAACUGAUGAAUAUUUUAGGAUUCGAUAAUUUCUCACGAAAAGUUUGUCAGCUCUCGAUUGGACAACAACGAAGACUCUCACUGGCUUGUGCUUUACUUCAUCGACCCAAAUUGGCCCUUCUAGAUGAGCCCACUGUUGGUUCAGACCCGAUGUUGGUCAAGAGAAUCUGGGACUAUCUAAAAAGUGCAACAAGUCGAGGAGAAAUGACCAUCAUCGUGUCGACUCAUUACCUUGAAGAAGUUCGCAGAGCAGAUCACUUUGCCUUCCUUUCUCAAGGGUACGUUUUAUUUGCAGAUAAUCCUACUGAUUUCAUCAAGAACUCAGGAUCAUCGACCCUCGAAGAAGCGAUAUCAUCAAUGUAUAAAAUUAAGAUGGACGAAUCAUCUGAUCAGCCAACAGUCUCACUAAACACUCAGCCCGAUACUCAAUCUGAGCCAUCAAGUGAAAUCUUUCAACAAUCAACAGUUAAACUAAAUCAGAAUCAAAACUUUUUCCAUCUUUAUGUUUGGCUUCUGUGGCGAUAUAAACAUCGUUGGAUGAAACAUAUGAUUUACCGAUUAAUCGGAGUGGGUUUAGUUCAUGCAAUGAUAAUCACUUUUUGCGGUUUACUUUAUGGUCACUUUCCCAAAGAUUUGUCCAUCGGUUUAAUCAACUGGGACAACAGUUCGUCAUCUCUACAAUAUAUCGAUUUGUUGAAUGAAAAUCCCAAUAACUGGUCGUUUCCGCUUUACUCUGAUGAAAGAGUAGCUCAUCGCGAUGUCGAAUCAGGCCGAUUACAAGGUUAUCUAUCGAUUGGUUCAACAUUCACUCUUAAUUUGGACCAACUGAUGAAAUUGGGUUUGAGUGAAAAUAUCGAUGAUUCCUUACUGACCAAAGGUUUCAUAACUUUAACUCAGGAUACAGUUAAUCGUUUGAAAGCUGAUUCAGUUGAAUUGACGGUUUACAUUUAUCUCAAUCGUUUGUUUAAACAAUUAACACAAUAUCAUGAGAUCGGUGAUUCAGUUAACAAAACUUACCUCUCGAAACUUCAAUACGUUACAAUUGAACCUUUAUUCAAGGAUAAUGAUAGAUUGAAAGAUUUAGCACCAACCAACAUAAUUUUAAUCAAAUUUUUCUUUCAACUCAUUGAAACGAUAACUGUUGGUAUGAUAAUCAUUUGGGUUACUCGUGAGUUUCAUGAGCCUACUGUUGAGAGACUCUCAGCCUCUGGUGUGACCCGACUUCAUCUGACCUGUGCUCUAAUCACAAUUACUGUUUUACUUUUAUCACCAAUCAUAAUUAUGUCUUGUGCAAUCUUAACAAUGACUACAGGAUUUCCUGUCCAUGGGGCUUGGGUUUUUGUGGUGUUGGUCAGUCCAGCGAUUGUGAUAGCAGGAUGUGCUAAAGCGAUCUGGAUUGGAUCAAUAAUCCCAUCAACGAUAUUUGCUAUCCUAGUGACAACUUCUUAUGGAUUUAUUGGUAUUUUUACAGGAUCCAUUUUCUGGCCUCUCGAAGGUUUACCUUAUUUCAUGGUUCCACUGAGAAACAUUUAUCCAUAUACAGAGUCCGGCUUAUCAGCCGUUCGAGCUAUGAUCUAUGGUGAUAGUCUAUGGUCACCACAAGUCUAUGGAGGACUUUUUUAUGCUUGGACUCAAGCGAUUGUUGCAUUUUGUUCAAUAUUUCUAUGGUUUUAUAUUGUUGAUUAAACUCGUCCUAUUAAAUAUUA